UUUUCACUCUCAUCCACUUCUCUCUUCUCAUACCCCAAAAUCAAAUCUCUCUUUCUCUCUCUCUCUCCAAACCCAAACACACACACACUCUCUCUCUCUGGUGAAACCCUAAUUCCCAAUUCGAUCCGCAAAUGCCGCCUCCGAACAACAAAUCGAUGAUGAUGAACACCAGGCCAGGAAGAAUCGGCGGCGACUCCGACGAAUCGGAGACGCCGUCGAACAAUCUCUGGGUCGGUAAUCUAGCCAGCGACGUCGCGGACUCAGAUCUCAUGGAUCUCUUCGCCCAGUACGGUGCGCUCGAUAGCGUUACCUCCUACUCUUCUCGCAGCUACGCUUUCGUCUUCUUCAAGCGAAUCGAAGACGCUAAGGCCGCCAAGGAUACCUUACAAGGCGCCGAUCUCCAUGGCCACCCUAUCAAGAUCGAGUUCGCUCGUCCGGCAAAACCUUCUAAGCAUCUAUGGGUGGGUGGAAUUAGCCCAGCAGUUUCCAAGGAAGAAUUGGAAGAAGAAUUUCUUAAGUUUGGUAAAGUUGAGGAUUUUAAGUUCCUUAGAGACCGCAAUACUGCAUUUGUUGAAUACCUUAGAUUGGAAGAUGCUUCCCAAGCCAUGAGAAACAUGAAUGGUAAGCGCAUUGGUGGUGAGCAGAUACGUGUGGAUUUCCUUCGUUCACAGCCCACGAGAAGAGAGCAGUGGCCUGACUCCAGAGAUGGGGACUUUCAGGGCAGAAGCAUGGGACCGGCUGAUUCCCAUUUAGGUCAUAAGAGACAACUGCAUCCUCAGUCCUCUGUGGGGCGAAAAGGAGAUGGUCAACCCAGUAAUGUUUUGUGGGUAGGUUACCCUCCUUCUGUUCAGAUCGACGAACAAAUGCUCCAUAAUGCCAUGAUCUUAUUUGGUGAAAUCGAGAGAAUUAAGAGUUUUCCUUCAAGACACUACUCCUUUGUAGAAUUUAGGAGUGUGGAUGAAGCUCGCCGAGCUAAGGAGGGUUUGCAGGGCCGGCUUUUUAACGAUCCUAGAAUAAGCAUUAUGUUUUCAAGUAGUGAGCUGGCACCUGGCAAAGAAUACUCUAAUUUUUAUGCUGGAACUAAAGGGCCAAGGCCAGAGUUUUUUAAUGAACAUCCUUUUCGACCUGUACAGAUGGAUGUGUUUGGUCAUAAUCAUCCUAUGGUCCCAAAUAAUUUCCCUGGACCGUUACCAUCUAUUCCAAUGAGGCCUUUUGGUCGUCAAGGUAGUCUUGAACCUCUGCUUCCAGGCCCAGAAUUUGAUGAUUUGACCACUCAUCAUAAUUUUCAGGAUGGUAACUUGAAAAAUAUGAUGGGUCCAAACUGGAAAAGGCCAUCUCCUGCACCUGGAAUGCUCCCUUCUCCUGCACAAGGUAUCAGACCGCCCCCAAGAUCCACAUCUGGUUCUUGGGACGUACUUGACAUGAAUCAGUUUCAAAGGGGUUCUAAAAGGUCGAGGAUAGAUGAUGCUUUGUCCAUUGAAGAUGCACCUUUUCCUUUGAGAAAGAUUGAUGACCGGGGCUUGGGAUUGGAUCAAUCAUAUGGGCUUGGUCCAGUGACUGAUGGAGGUGGUGGGCCUUUUGCAAAUGUUCAAGGGAAGAGUAGCCUUAGUCCUGUGGGUGCAAGGGUCAUGGCUGGUGGACCUGGUCAGGGUCAAGUUGAUAAUGAUUACAUAUGGCGUGGCAUUAUUGCUAAGGGGGGCACUCCUGUUUGUCAAGCUCGUUGCAUCCCUUUAGGAAAAGGAAUAGAGAGUGAGCUUCCUGAAGUUGUUAAUUGCUCGGCCAGAACAGGAUUGGAUAUGCUCACAAAACACUAUGCUGAUGCCAUUGGGUUUGAUAUUGUUUUCUUCUUGCCCGACAGUGAAGAUGAUUUUGCUUCCUACACUGAAUUCCUUCGCUACUUAGGUGCCAAAAACCGUGCUGGUGUUGCUAAGUUUGAUGAUGGGACCACCUUAUUUUUAGUUCCUCCGUCAGACUUCUUAACUAAUGUUUUGAAAGUUUCCGGCCCUGAACGUCUGUAUGGCGUGGUUCUCAAGUUUCCACAACAAGUUUCUAGCGGUACAUCUGUUCCACAACAAUCACAUCUUCCCAUCCCUUCUUCUCAAUAUAUGGAUAGACAGCAGAUUCCUCCUCGCACUGAGUAUGGUGUAAUCUCAUCAAAGGAGGAACAAGCUUUGCCAAUGGAUUAUGACAGGGUUUUGCAUGAGGAUGCAAAGCUUCCUCCAAAAUCACAUUUUCCAAUUGCUAGUGAGUCCCCAGCAAUGCAGCCAGUACCCCAAGACUAUGCUUCUACUAAUGCACUAUCAGUGUCCCAAGCUGGAGUGACAUUAACACCUGAGCUUAUUGCCACUCUGGCAUCUUUGCUGCCUGCAAAUGCACAGUCUUCUGGUUUAGAAAGUGCAAAGCCUGCAUUGGGCUCAUCAUCUGUCAGGCCGUCAAUUCCGCCUCAAGUUGGACCCAAUAAAGGGACCCCAUCUCAAGACUGGAAACAAGAUAAUCAAGCUUCUGACCAUAUGGGUCAUCCAUUGCAACAGUUGGGGAAUCAGUUUAAUCCCCAUGUACAAAACCUUUCCCAAUACCAGCCUUACCCAUCUGUCUCAAGCACACCUACCCAUUCGGCCUCAUUGUUACACGGCAAUGCCCAAAUCCAUGACUCUUCUGUAAGCCUACCACCGCAGGCUGCAAUUUUGUCUCGGCCUAUGAACCAAAGUGGACAGCUUGCUGCUUCUCCUCAUGUGAGCCAGCAAUAUCAGCAUGAAAUACCCCCCAGUAGUCAAAGAGGCUAUGGGAUGGUUAAUGGGAUGGAGGCUUCUGGAUUAUACAGCUCACAAGCUUUCCAGCCAGCCAACAGUCCUUUAACCUCAUCUAAUCAGGCCCAUGGUUCUCUUCUUUCCCAGCCACCAAGCUCGGAGAUCCCCAAUCAGAUGCAGCAGCUUCAAUCUGCACUCUUUGGUGCUGGCCAGGGCACACCAGAAGUUGAGGUUGAUAAGAACCAGCGGUACCAGUCGACUCUACAAUUUGCUGCUAACCUCCUCCUCCAGAUACAGCAGCAGCAGACAACCAAUCAGUCAGGACGAGGACCUGGAAGUCAACAAUGAGGUAAUUCCUCCUCUAUGAGUAAUAUUAUUCGGUGAUGGAAUCCCUUUUUUGAGAAAAUAUCUCUACUUAAGUAUGGAAGUGGGUUGUUAGCUAACUUAAGUAGUUUGCAUAUGGUAAACGUCUGGGGUCAUAAGCUGUCUUUGUUCCUUUUGUCUGCAUAUAGUGAACAUUUAGGGUGAUUAGUUGUUUUCAUGUUUAAAAUUCCAUAUCAAAAGUUUUGGAUAGCAUCAUAACUAAGGAAAUUGAACUUUAUGAUAUAAUUUAUGCCAGCUAGAAGCCUUGGUAUAAACCUCUUAUGAAGUGAAUUGUUAGCGGAUUUUAGUUCCUUGAUGGUCAAAAAAACUUAGAAUACUAUUGUUGAGAUGAAAGUUAUACACAUGGGACAAGAUGACAUUUAAAAAAAAAAAAUUCUUUUGAAGUUGUAAGAGAUGUUAUAAGGUGGCUAGAAUGACAGAGAUGUUAUUAAUGCAGCUUAGAAUGAGGUGUUUUCUUUUAAGGUAGGCUUCUGGUAAGGCUCAAGGGAUUUGAUAUUUUGAUUCCAUCAUCUCUCCGGGCAUUUGAAGAGGAAAUGCAAGAUUUUCCUGCAAUUCAGAUUGGGACCUCAUUAUUUAAGCUUUAGGAACCAAUGAUGGUUGGAGUGAAUAUGUUUAACAUUCUUUGCCCUUUUGGACUGGGUUCAAAUUUGGCUCCUGUUCCUGAAAGAAAAUUGACUUCUAACCUCAUAAGGUGUGGGGUUUUGUUCCGUCUCUUGAGUGUCUUAGAGUCAGCAUGUUGUCUCAUGGAGUAAUUGAUAAGAUAUACGGUUGCAGCUCCAGUUAGGGAAUUUAUUAUUCUGGAAAUGUUUUGAAUAACUCUUAGUUGAUGAAGGCUCUGCCAAACGUCCUGUAGGUUUAGAUAUAUGCAUCUUAUGUGUCCACUGAAUUGGGAAGCUAUAUUGUUUUAAGGUGGAACCGUGUGCUUUUGAGAUCUACAUGCUCCAUGGUUAGAAUCUCCAAUGGGUCACAGUGGCUUGGACCUAAGUAGGCCAGAAGAGUCAAUACAACCUUUUUGCAGUCUUUAUAUGUAGGCAACAAUUAUACUUCAUUCUUUUAGAGAUUCAUUUAUGAACCUAGAGGCAUUGAUGAGUGGCUGAUUGAUGGUCUAUUAUUUUGAGAUACCUUGUAAAGAAUUUUCAAGCACUCUUCAUUGCCCACAAAAAUAUAAAUAUCACUGGGGUUUGCCGUUUGCUUGGAAUAGCUUUGUGGUGAAGUGGAUUGCUUAUAAGAUUUAAGGGACAUGCCUGUUGAGUAGAAGAUUGGAUAAUACUUUGUGGACAAGGUGUUCUCUUGAUGGUUGGGUUCCCUGGUUAGUAUGCGUUAAGUUUAUUGUAGAUAUUCAGAGAAGAUGUUUGAAGGAUUUUGGCAUAUGUCAAGUGCUUGUUCUCUUAAUUAGAAACUUCUUUCUAGAGUUUUAACUACACAAGGUGUCAAAUAUACCUGACUUGUUCAUGAGGUCAAUAUGUAAUUUUGUAUUUCAAUAUGCUUUUACUACUCUUAGGCAUCAAUCCUAAGUUGGGAAGUGCUUGGAUAGACCAAUGCAUUGUGUAGAGUAUGUUAUCUGAUUCAUUCUGUACUAUAUACCUUCCUCUAGCAUGAUUUGUUAAUUUUUAUUAUAUCUGUUAAUUGCUCUUCUUAUUGCAUUUAGUAUCGGCAUUUUUUUUUACAAUUUCACUUCUUCUUGAGUCUAUUGUCAAAAUUCAUUAGUUAUUGCAUAUGUUUGUAGUAGCUCAUAGUUGUGUGACAUAUGAAAGCUUUUUAUUUUUUAUUUUUGGUGAUCAUCUCUGAUUACUUAGUACCUAACUUUAGGGUGAGAAUUUCUUAAACUUAUUAAAUUGUAACUGUGAAAUGUAAACUGCACUUUGAAAGGGGUCUUUGGACUUAAUUCUUAAUAGUAUUUUGGUAUGUUUAGUAAA